UGUACCAUGUUACAUCGCCUGGCACGUGUAGGGCGGAUCUCUCGCUUAAAAGCUUCACUCCCUCGCGACAAAGCAGAGCAGGGCGGAGGCAAGAUCACUCUUCGAGGGAGCAAGAGAUCUUCGCGGCAAGGGAUCCACUCCACUCCUCCUUGAGGUAAUGGCGGCCAACACCAUGCUCAUGGACUCCUCGAAUCUCCUCGCGCCGGGAAGUGCUCUUGGUGUGAGAGAUCUCGGCGGAGCUCGUGUGAUCUCCCCCAGCAGGAUGAACAGUAGCAAGAUUAUCGCCAGGGCCGCUACUGCCGUCUCCACCACGAGUAACGAGAAAGUGACGCCCAAGCCUCUCACAAAGCAAGCCUCGCACUCCCUCCCUCCCGAAAAGGUCGAGAUGUUAAAGUCCUUGGAUGGCUGGGCCGAGGACAACAUUCUCACUUUCCUCAAGCCCGUGGACAAGUGCUGGCAGCCACAAGAGCACCUCCCGGAGCCAUCCUCGGAGGAGUUUAUCGACGACAUCAAGGAACUCCGGGCCCGAGCAGCGUGCUUGCCGGACGACUACAUGGUGGUGCUGGUUGGCGACAUGAUCACCGAGGAAGCUCUUCCAACUUACUUGACCAUGCUCAACACCCUGGAUGGAACCAGAGACGAGACCGGCGCGAGCCCGACCGCCUGGGCUCGAUGGGGCCGAGCUUGGACAGCCGAGGAGAACAGGCACGGCGAUCUCCUCAACAAGUAUCUCUACUUGACCGGACGAGUGGACAUGAAGAAGAUCGAGCAAACGAUCCAGUACCUGAUUGGAUCUGGCAUGGAUCCACAAACCGAGAACAAUCCUUACCUGGGGUUCAUCUACACGUCCUUCCAGGAGCGGGCCACUUUCAUCUCGCACGGCAACACCGCCCGCCACGCCAAAGAGUACGGUGACAUGAAGCUCGCAACGAUCUGCGGAUUGAUUGCGGCGGACGAGAAGCGACACGAGGGUGCUUACAGCCGGAUCGUGGAGAAGCUGUUCGAGCUGGAUCCCGAGGGAGCUCUCCUGGGCUUCGAGGACAUGAUGCGCAAGAAGAUCUCCAUGCCGGCUCACCUCAUGUACGAUGGCGAGAACCCGAACUUGUUCGAGCACUACACGGUGCUCGCGCAGAGGCUGGGAGUCUACACCGCCAGAGACUACACGGAGAUCAUCGAGCACUUCAUCAAGAGGUGGAAGGUCGACGAGAUGCGAGGCUUGUCCGGGAGAGGAGCGAAGGCCCAGGAGUAUAUUUGCGGCCUUCCGGCAAGGUUUCGCAAGCUCGAGGAGAGAGCCCACGGCAAAGCUCACAAGAACGUCCCAAAAGCCGGGCCUUUUAGCUGGAUUUUCAACAGGGAAGUCCAGAUAAUGUGAUAUGGGAGAGCAAAGUUUUAAUAAAUUAAUGCCACCUUUUUUGGUUCGUUAUUUA